AAACAGUAUAAAAGCCCUCGUUGUUCUACAGUCCUCCAUCAGCUUCAUCGCUUGCCUUCUCUUGCCUUCUACUCAUCUGAGCAACCGACUCACCUCUAUCUCUCAACACCAUGGCCAACUGUGGAACUGCCUCUGCUGUCCCAUCCUUUGAAGCCACUCCAACCGUUGCCUUUGGAUCCGGAGGCUCCAGAGGACUCGGCAGAGGUCUUGACUGUGGCUAUGGCUAUGGCUCUGGCUUCGGUUAUGGCUCUGGUUUAGCUUCUGGCUAUGGUCUAGGGGGCAUCAUUUCAGAUGCAGCCAGUCUGGGAGUCCUCUCUGGAGUGCAGCCAUCCUGCAUCAACCAGCUACCCCCAUCAGAGGUUGUGAUCAAAUCACCCCCAUUUGUGCUCACCGUCCCAGGCCCCAUCAUCGCUGCCACCCCCGAGCCUAUUGAAGUUGGCGGGUAUGCCCCAUGUGCCGUGAAUGGAGUUGGCAUUGGUGGAUUCGGUAGUGGAUAUUAUGGUGGGCGAUAUGGUGGAUUGGGUAGUGGAUAUAAUGGUAGGCGAUUUGGUGGGUUCCUUGGGGAUCAUGCUGGAGCCCUGGGAGGAGUCCUGGGAGGAAGAGGAAACAUCUGUGGUCCCUGCGCGUAAGUUCUUGUAGAACUUCAGCCAGGAAAAGGAAAAAUGGAACGUCACACAAUGGACCACAAUGGAAGACCUGGUUGUAGCUGAGCUAAGCACCCCAUUCCUAGGUGCUUAGCUCAGCUACAACUUCUAGUAUCACUAGAAAUGAGGUCCACCUAUCCCUGCCAUGAUUCUGCCUUCAAUCUAAAUGCAUUCCUCUUUAGUUUCCCUCUCUAUGUUCUUAUCUUACUCUCUUUACAACACUUCUGCUGUGAAAAUUGAACUGUACAAGAUCCUCAAACCUCUCCGAUGGAUGUCGCAAUCCAACCCAAGAAUGCAUAACGUUGAGAUGCUGCAAAGAGACCACAGAAACAUGUUAUGCUAAUCUAGAUCUGAAUGUGAUGAUCUGCAACCAUGUAUGGAACGGAAACGCUGUUUAUUCCCUUGCAUUCUUUGUGACCUAUCACUUUCUGAACUGCUCGUGCUCCUUUUGGAUUUGCCAGCUUCUAGUCUUUAAUAAAAUUGGCUUUGCAUUAUAACAA